GGGCCUUCGUUUCUAGAACAGAAUGUUAUUUUUCUGAGGAAAAAUAUCAAGAAGAAUCGAAAAUGCAGCCGCCAACGAUUGUUAUUGCGAUCAUUGCUCGGAACGCGGCGCAUUCCUUGCCAUACUACCUCGGAGCGUUGGAGAGGCUGAACUAUCCCAAAAACCGCAUCUCUGUAUGGUAAGUUCAGCCAUCCCGCCAGCGCUGUUUCCCUGGACGCUAUUUGUUCGAAGGUCCAUUUAUCAAACUCGCGGGCGAUCAAAGGUCAAUCGCAUUUAUUUUAGAUUAAGAAUACCACCCCUCUUCUCCCCAGUCCCCACAAUCCCUUUAGAACCCUCGACCCUCACCUGCAAUAGAAAAUAAUGAGUGCUUCUGCUGCUGUAGGCUACUCUAACUUUGUUUUCCAAGUUUGUCUCUAAUGCAGCGUUUAUGAAAGUUAAAUUGUAGGCUAGGCCUACUGUUGCACUGCAUUAUGCAAUUACAUUUUAUUUUCAUUAUAAUAGCCUAUACUUUACACUACAGUCUGCAUGUUACUGUAUGUUUUGCACAGAUAACAUUUCCAUGCGAUACCACAAUAGCCCUAAACGAAUUUCCUCUUGUGCAUUUCCUCAUGUGCAUAUUGAUUAUUAUGCAUUUCAUACGGAGUCCCUUCUGCAUAUUCAUUAGCAACUCUUCAUUAGGGUAAACGAUGUGCAUGGCUUUUCUCGAUCGCAUGUGUAACGUGACCACAUUGGUGUAUCAGAUUUGCAGUGUCUUUGAUUCCUAGUUGUGUUGCGGUUGUAUGCAAAUCAGGCAAACCCAGUGGCCACGUUACACACAGACUACUGUAUAUUCUAGUGCCAGACAGUGUGUCUUUAUUCCCAUGUCUGCAGGGCAGCUACAGAUCACAAUGCUGACAACACUACAGCUGUUCUAAAAGAAUGGCUGACUGUCAUGCAAAAGUUCUAUCACUAUGUGGAGUGGAGGCCCAUGGAGCAUCCUACGUAAGUUCUGUUUCUCUUCAGCAUUAUCUUGUAUUUCCCAAAACUGUGUGUGUGUCUGGGUGAGUGGAGAGCUAUAGAGCAUCCUACAUGAGUUCCACAUUAUUAUGUCAUCCAAAAAGCGUGUGUUGUUGAUACAGUUGUGUACCUCCCAAAACCUAAGGCCAAGGGCUUAAAAACAUCUGGUCAAACAUCAGCACCUGCUUAGUUGUAUAAUCUUACUAGCACACACAGACUGUAAUAGUAGACUCAAAAUGCUGUAUUUAAGGAUGUAACUUUAAAACAGAGGGUGAAGAGAAAAGAGCUUCAAAAAGAUGUUAGGUGAUUACAGAGCAUACUGAUAUGCAUACCGAUACACAUACCGAUACACAGUGCUACCUGACCUCAGGGGACUCCUCAUUUUCUCUCUAAGUCCAAUAUAUAUACACAACAGUAUGCGGACACCCCUUCAAAUUAGUGGAUUUGUCUAUUUCAGCCACACCCGUUGCUGACAGGUGUAUAACAUCGAGCACACAGCCAUGCGAUCUCCAUAGACAAACAUUGGCAGUAGAAUGGCCUUACUGAAGAGCUCAGUGACUUUCAACGUGGCACUGUCAUAGGAUGCCACCUUUCCAACAAGUCAGUUUGUCAAAUUUCUGCCCUGCUAGAGCUGCCCCGGUCAACUGUAAGUGCUGUUAUUGUGAAGUGGAAACGUCUAGGAACAACAAUGGCUCAGCCGCGAAGUGGUAGCCACACAAAGUGGUAGGCCACACCGCCGAGUGCUGAAGCGCGUAGCGCGUAAAAAUAGUCUUUCCUCAGUUGCAACACUCACUACCGAUGUCCAAACUGCCUCUGGAAGCAACGUCAGCACAAUAACUGUUUGUCGGGAGCUUCAUGAAAUGGGUUUCCAUGGCCGAGCAGCCGCACACAUGCCUAAGAUCACCAUGCGCAAUACCAAGCGUUGGCUGGAGUGGUGUAAAGCUUGCCGCUAUUGGACUCUGGAGCAGUGGAAAUGCGUUCUCUGGAGUGAUGACUCACGCUUCACCAUCUGGCAGUCCAAUGGACGAAUCUGGGUUUUGGCGGAUGCCAGGAGAACGCUACCUGCCCCAAUGCAUAGUGCCAAUUGUAAAGUUCGGUGGAGGAGGAAUAGUGGUCUGGGGCUGUUUUUCAUGGUUCGGGCUAGGCCCCUUAGUUCCAGUGAAGGGAAAUCUUAACGCUACAGCAUACAAUGACAUUCAAGACAAUUCUGUGCUUUCAAUUUUGUGGCAACAAUUUUGAGAAGGCCCUUUCCUGUUUCAGCAUGACAAUGCCCCUGUGCACAAAGCGAUGUUCAUACAGAAAUGGUGUUUCGAGAUCGGUGUGGAAGAACUUGACUGGCCUGCACAGAGCCCUGACCUCAACCCCAUCGAACACCUUUGGGAUGAAUUGGAACGCCGACUGCGAGCCAGGCCUAAUUGGCCAACAUCAGUGCCCGACCUCACUAAUGCUCGUUGGCUGGCCCUCACUACAUAUUCGUCGCCAAACCCACUGGCUCCAGGUCAUCUAUAAAUCACUGCUAGGCAAAUCCCCGCCUUAUCUUAGCUCAUUGGUCACCAUAGCAACACCCAUCCGUAGUAUGCGCUCCAGCAAGUAUAUCUCACAGGUCAUCCCCAAAGCCAACACCUCCUUUGGCCGCCAUUCCUUCCAGUUCUCUGCUGCCAAUGACUUGAACGAACUGAAAAAAUCUCUGAAGCUGGAGACUCUUAUCUCCCUCAUUAACUUUAAGCAUCAUUUGUCAGAGCAGCUUACCGAUCACUGCACCUGUACACAGCCCAUCUGUAAUUAGCCCACCCAACUACCUCAUCCCCAUAUUGUUAUUUAUUUUGCUCAUUUGCACCCCAGUAUCUCUAUUUGCACAUAGUUUUCUGCACAUCUAUCACUCCAGUGUUAAUACUAAAUUGUAAUUAUUUUGCACUAUGGCCUAUUUAUUGCCUUACCUCCAUAACUUACUACAUUUGCACACACUGUAUAUAGAUGUUCUAUUGUGUUAUUGACUGUACGUUGUGUUUAUCCCAUAUGUAACUCUGUUUUUGUUGAUUUUAUCGCACUGCUUUGCUUUAUCUUGGCCAGGUUGCAGUUGUAAAUGAGAACUUGUUCUCAACUGGCUUACCUGUUUAAAUAAAGGUGAAAUAAAAAAUAAAAUAAAAAUAAAUAACACAAUUGAAGAAAGUCCCCGCAACGAUGUUCCAACAUCUAUUGGAAAGCCUUCUCAGAAGAGUGGAGGCCAUGAUAGCAGAAAAGCGGGGACCAACUCCAUAUUAAUGCCCAUGAUUUUGGAAUGAGAUGUUUGAUGAGCAGGUGUCCACAUACUUUUGGUCAUGUACUGGGUACCUCGAAGCCAUGCAGGAGGGAUACUGUAGCGUGUGUGUGCACGUGUUUGUGUGCGCGAAUGUGAUUGUGUGCGUCUUGUUCGGACUCCCUCCAUUGCAGGUCCUACCCAGGAGAGAUGGGGCCUAAAUACUGGAGCAACGGCAGAUAUGAAUACCUGAUGAAACUCAAACAGGCUGCUCUCAACUUCGCCAAGCAACGCUGGGCUGACUACAUACUGGUACAGUCCCAAAUCUCUACUCUGUCCACUGACUAGAAGUUAUAGGUUUAUCUCAUUAGUUUAUCCACAGCCUAGAAGUAGAAAUCAAGGAUUGUUGGGGUCAAUUCCAUUUCAAUUCAGUCAAUUCAGGAAGUAAACUAAAAUUCCAAAUUCUCCUCAUUGGUUUUCAAUAACCCUGCCUCUCUAUCAAGAUAAUCUCUGACUCUUUACUCUCACCUGAACACUCGCAACAAACCCAGACCUCUCUUAUAAUCCUCCAGUAUGCAGACACAGACAACAUCUUGACCAACCCAGAGACCCUCAACCUCCUCAUAGCAGAGAACAAGUCUGUGGUCGCCCCCAUGUUGGACUCCCAGGGAGCCUACUCCAACUACUGGUGUGGCAUCACUCCACAGGUAAGAGAGUGUGUGUGCGCGUGUGUAUGUGUCAGAUUACAAAUGCCUGUGUGAAAAUUAAAGGUGUAUAAUAUUGCACACUAGGUUUUGUUUGAAUGAAGGAUUGAUCUGUGUGUCUGUUCUCAGGGUUACUAUCGGCGUACAGCUGAGUAUUUCCCCACCAGACACCGCCACCGGCUGGGCUGCUACCCGGUGCCCAUGGUCCACUCUACCUUCCUGCUGGACAUGAGGAAGACAGGCAUGAAGAAGCUGGCCUUCCAUCCCCCUCACCAGGACUACUCCUGGCCCUUCGAUGACAUCAUCGUCUUCGCCUUCUCCUGCCGCGUCUCAAGUAGGGGUCUACAGUACAGCAUGUACAUUAAAGCACACACACAUCACAGGCAUAUGUACACACACACACUCUCUGAUAACAUAUAAUCGCAAACAUCCAUGGCCCUGGCAAGUGCAGGGGUGAAAUCAAAGUGUUCAAAGUAAAAGGCAAGAUGAUUACGUUACGAUUAUGUUGAUGGUACUUCAAGGCCAUGUCAACGUUAACUGUUUGAUAACAGAGUUGACUUUGCGAUUCCAGAGGUGCAGAUGUACCUGUGCAACAAGGUGAGGUAUGGCUACCUGAACGUCCCAGCCAAGCCUCACCACACCAUAGAGGACGACAGCAUCAAUUUCAGCCAUCUCAUCCUGGAGGCCAUGAGUAAGAAACUUUAUUUCAUAUUAUUAUAGUUAUGAGAGUAGGUGUUGUAUUCUGUAUGUUUAUUAUGGUAUAUAACUAACAGUAAAUAUCUGUAAUACUAAAGGUAGUAACUUAUAGAUGUGUCUUAAUAACACAGCUCUGUGUUCUCCCUCCAGUUGAAGGUCCCUCCAUGGCCCCCUCCAAAUAUGUCAGCCUCUUCCCCAAACGGAGAGACCUCAUGGGCUUUGAUGAGGUGAGUCCGAGGCCAGGGGUGCCCAAACCUCUCAAGGACUAAAAUAGAUCAAAGAAGUAGAACUGGUUUGGGGAAAACUGCUGUAGACGAAUGGUGUUAUACUCUCUCACUCAAUAUAUGGAUCAUUGUGUCUGAGUUGACCUCUGACCCUGGCUCUCCCAUAAUGUAGGUGUACCUGAUCAACCUGCGUCGCCGUCAGGACCGUAGGGACAGGAUGCUGUACUCUCUCAACGAGCUGGAGAUAGACGUCAAAGUGGUGGACGCCAUAGAUGGAGGGUGAGAAUUAGCCUGGUAAUGCAGACUCAAUCAUUCUAAACAGAGCUGAAUUCACUCUGAUUUCCAGGCUAGGUGAGGAUGCAAAGCUUGGGAAAUGUUCCUACAAGAGAAAGAUGGACACAAUGUGUGUGUAUCCUGCAGAGCUCUGAACAGCAGUGAUAUAAAGAUCCUUGGAGUGGACAUACUACCUGGUUACUAUGACCCAUUCUCUCGCCGCACCCUGACCAAAGGA